ACAAUCAUCAUAAACCUGCACCCAAUGGGAGGUCCAGCGUCCACCGUCGUAGUGCCCGACAGACGCCACGGGAUCAAUAGUGCAAACGGCCGCUACGACCCCGAAUCCGAGGGCUCCCCGGGCUACCGCCGUCGUCGCCGCCGAAGCCCCUCUUACGAUGACUAUGAUGACCGCCGAGAGACGGAUCGGCGCUAUCGCUCACGCUCGCCCAGAUACUCUAGCCCUAGAAGAAGAAGAAGCCCGAGUCCAGGCCCUGGUUCCUGGUACAACGAAACCCUAAAUUCUCUUCCGAAGAAAUUCGGGAAAAACCGUGCUUAUCUCGACCGUGGAAGGCGUUCUGAUUCGGAAUCUGAUGCGGAAUUGAAGGGAUUGAGUUUCGAGGAGCACAGAAGGCUCAAGAGGCAGAGGAUGCGGAAGUUGAAGUACUGCAUAUGGAACCUCACACCGAGUCCCCCAAGGAAUGAAAACUAUGAACUAGAAGAAGAAAAACCUGACGAGAUUUCGGAGAAGUAUGGAGGGGAUGAUGCAGAAAAGAGCGAUUCAAGUGAGAGAGAGAAAGGGAAAGAAAAGGCAAAUAGUAGGAAGGGAAAAGCCGAUUCUGAAUCUGGCGGUUCAGAGAGCAGUGAAUCGGAGAGCGAGUCUGAGGAUGAUUCACGAUCAAGGAAUAGGUGGAGGAGUUCGAGGUCUAAGCGUAGAAGUAGGAAAUCGUCACCUUGUAGCGACGCUGGAUCGGAUAGUGAAACAGAGAGCGAAAGUGAAUCGGAUGAUUCCGACAGAGAUAGAAGAAAAAAUAAAUCAAGGAAAAGGAGUAGCAGUCAUAAAAGUAAUAAAAGAAGCAGAAGAAGGAGGAAGAAUACAUAUGAUUCAGAUGAGAGUGCUGGCGAAAAGAGUGUUUCGGAGGAUUCUGAAGGUGACCGUGCAAAGUUGAAAACACUGACGCGUUCUUUGAGUUCUUCUAAAAGAAGCAAGAAAAACAAAACGUCUGAGACAGAGAGUGAUGAAAGUUCUGGUUCUGAUGCUGAUGCUAAGAGUAAACUAAUGGCAGAGGAGGCAAUGAAGGCUGAACUUGAUGCUGAGGCUUUGCAAUUUAAGGAGAUGAUUAAGUCCAGGAAGAAACCCACCUUGGAGAAUGAGCCUGUGGUUGGGCCAAUGCCCUUGCCAAGAGCUGAAGGGCAUAUCAGUUAUGGUGGUGCGCUUAGGCCUGGAGAAGGUGAUGCCAUUGCCCAGUAUGUGCAGCAAGGGAAGCGUAUUCCACGGAGAGGUGAAGUGGGUCUUUCUGCAGAGGAGAUUCAGAAGUUCGAGGGACUUGGAUAUGUGAUGAGUGGUAGUAGGCAUCAAAGGAUGAAUGCAAUUCGUAUCAGGAAAGAAAAUCAGGUUUACAGUGCUGAAGACAAGCGUGCAUUGGCUAUGUUUAACUAUGAAGAGAAGGCAAAACGAGAACAGAAGGUUAUGUCUGAUUUACAGCGGUUGGUGCAACGCCAUAUUGGGCAGGAUGUUGGUCCUACUCAUGAUCCUUUUGGUGCAAAAGAUGGCGUGGAUCCUUGAAAAUGUUGUAUGUUUAAUGUUUUCUCUAUUGUUAUGCUAUUCCUAUCCACUUCUAGCUUAAUGUUUUUCAGAAUGUUUUUGAUGGAACGACAUUGGCUGGUUUGAAUUGGAUUUUCUUGAGAGUGCCUGAAGAUUCA